GCUGAUGCCGUUCGUUGAGGGUGUGUGUUGCGUGAGUGUUCAUAGCCAUGACGCGGACACGUACGUUCCAAACGAGUCCGUCGAAUAAGUCUCACUCACAGCAGUCUUCUGCAUUGCCACCCAAGUGUUGCCAGCACCCAUCAGCAAGGGACAGGCAUGGCUAGGAGCCUGCCAACCAUGCCCGAGCCUGCCUGACAGGUCUGCCCUGCUGUCGUUUUUCUUGGCAAUGUCGAUGAACGGCUGCAACUCGAGUGCUUCGAUUUGCAGCCAUUCAUUGACAUGGCCAAGAAGAACGACAGCAGGUGGGUAUGUGGAUGACGCCACACACACAGCAGGCACAGCAGACCAAGCAAGGAGUUCAAACCACCAAGUGACACAGCAGACAGUGCCGGGGCGGUCAAAGCGAGGCAACACACACACACACACACACACAGGAAAAAGCCGAAUCUGCUCGGUCUGUCACACACGCCUCCAUACUUGCGAGGUCAGCAAUCGUUGCUGCCUGGCUUGCUCCCCCGCACCACGCACAAAGUGACCGACACACGUGCACACACACAGGGGAGUGUGUGUGUCACACAGCCUUAGUCGAGUCAGUCGUCAAAAUGAAAAAUCUGUUUCGCAUAUUCGCACACAGACACGUAGGUACGUACGCACAGCAAUAAGGCCAAUUAAGGUAUGCAGAGGUCGGCGGCUGUGUGGGUGUGUGGGUGUGUGGGUAUGUGGGCGAGAGGCGCGCUGCCUGCCUCUCGUAUGGAAGGGCAACCGACAGGCAUGUGUGUGGGUGUGUGUGUCUGUGUCUACCUACGUGUGUGCUGCGGCCUGCCGGAGGGCCUCGCCGCUGACGCACUUCUGUAGGUGUCACUCACGAUAGGCAGCCAGAUCAGUGGGGAGUGAUCCGUACCAGAUGUGAGCGACUCCAAGAGUACGUCACCGGAGGGGCCCUCCUGUGUGUGGCUGUGACCUCUGUCUGGAUGGAAAAUCGAUCGAGGCAGACAAGGCAGACAGACAGGCAGUAGUGGGAAGCCUUACUUACGGUAGCGGACUAUCGACAGGAAAAAACCCUCUCUCUCACAUAAUAUGCCCAGACUCAACGAACGGCCAAAAACACCCGACAUGUUUGCCCACCUACCCCUCCCCCUCCUUCCUCUCCCUCUCCGCUCGCUGGUAAGGACACUCGUCCUUUCGGUAUAGCACACGCAAAAAACACACGAACGCACGCACAGUCACGCAAUGAAGUCAACGCACUUGUCUCUGGGCCAUGCCAUCCCUGUCAGUCAGGGUCAGUCAGAACAUGGGUAUGGCCCAUGCCGAGUUGCAGUUGAGCAGGCCGCCGGCGAAGAAGGCCACGAUGAAGGACAGCACCAGUCCGGACGCUGAUGGAGUCUGGGAGGACGGAUGGGGCAUGGAGAUCUGGCAAGGCUGGAUCUCUGCGGGAGCUGGUGGCGGAGAUGACACAGCCUGAAACCCCACCAGCAACGCAAGACACAGAUUCACACACACGGAUGGCAAGAUCUGUGCAUCGAGAUCGUGAUGCCUCCUCACCUUUUCUGCGUCAGAAUCGUCUCCUGCCGUCCGCUUGGUCAUGACGUCUCGGAUAGUGAGCUCGACGGUGAGGACGAGCAGCGCGGUGGCCAGAAGGAUGAUGGCGCAGUGGCUGGCGAUAAACAAGACCCGCACAUGAGGCUUGCUGGUCAUAGGGGGGAGGGAGGCAGGGAGAGAGGGAGUGGGAGAAGGGAACGGCAGCAAGGAACGGCAGCGAACGAAAAGGAAAGAAAGAGUCUUGAAAGAUGCGCUGCCGAUCACUGCCGUCCACCUCCCUGCGCUCGGCUCGCU